AUGCCGCUGAGAGACGUGCUGCCGCUGGUGCAGAGCGAGGUGCGCGCGCACACGCUGCGCGUGCCCAUGGCGCGCCACGCCGUGGACUCGUUCUACUUCCACUGCGCGCAGCAGGCGGAGAGCAGGGAGCUCAGCGAGGACCUGCGCCUGCAGGUGCUGCGGUACUUCGACGACGAGCUGUUCACGUGGGACAAGGCGGAGCAGACACAGCGGUUCGUACUGGGCCAGUCACUUAAUGAGGCUGUGUUCGGCUCGGUGAUCAAGCUGCACCUCGCUGCGGGGGACACGGAGGCGGCGUGGAAGCUCAUUAACAAGCUCAGGAAGGCGGUGAGGGCGAGAAGCAAGGCGGGACAGGAACCACCCAAGCUCCACUUCAGGACGGUGAGCCCGCUGCUUGAGCACGAGUGCAGACACGACCAGUUCGCGAGCGCGUACUCGAGGUGGCAGCAGCUCAAGCAGCACGACGUGGAGUGGACCAGCGCCAUGGAGGACGUGCUAGUGCAGAUGGUCAUCGCCUGCGUCAAGAGCGACGAGCAGCAGCUCAACGAGUACACGGAGAUGCCCGAGAGCGAAGCCAGCGAGCCGCACUUCCACGCGCAGAUGGCGUCGCUGCUGCAUGACCUACAGAUCACGUGUCGUGAGGUGUCUCCGUCGAACGCUCAGCGCUUGCUGCAUGCCUUCCGUGAUGCUGGAUACAUCGUCGAGAAUGUGCCGAGCGACGCGCACAUGAGAAGCAAGUGUCCGUGCUGUGGUCAAGCACUGUGCAAGCAGGGGAUGACGGAGCAGGAGCGGGCGUACAUGCUCGCUGCUAUCGAGUCCCGUCGGAGCAAGUUGGCGCCGGAGAACACAGUCAAGGAGUAUUUGGACCCGUUCCGCGAGUGGCUGAUGCUGCGUCACGAGAAUUUCCAGCUUCAAAACGUAGUAGCGGGUUCGAAGGACGGAAGGCCGCUGCACUUCGUGCUGGACGGCCCCAACAUCGCGUACAUUAACCAGAACUUCGAGGCCGGCACUUACCGUCUUGAUCAAGUCGAUGCCAUCGCGAAGGAUCUGCAGGCUCAAGGCCACCUGGUCAGCAUUACCAUGCCUCAGGCUUACCUCGCGGACAAGUUCGUGGUGCGUAUCCGUACGAAGCAGAACAAGUCUAUGCGUCGCCAAGGCAAGUUCGUCUCUCGCGAGCGCACCCCCGAGGAGAAGGCCAUCAUGGAGCGCUGGAAGGAUGAAGACAUGCUCUACAGCUGCCGCACAGACUUCCUAUCGGACGACCUCUUCUGGUUGUAUGCUAGCGUGCUAAUGGGACGCGAAGGCCGCGUGGUGACCAACGAUCAAGGCCGCGACCACGGAUCAAGCACUCCUGCUAUCUCCAUGGACCUCAUCGCGCGCUGGAAGGACAUGACGACCGUGAACAUCGAGAUCAAGCACGAAGAAGUCGCGUUCAAUGCUGCAGCUGCCGGCAACUUAACCACGCCGAUUCCGAUCGAGUCGAUCCGCCUGCGGCAUCCAGAGCCGUUCUCGCGCGUGCCGCAGGUGACGGCACCGCAGCACUUCCACUUCCCCAUCGCGGAGCAGGCGAACAUGAACGAGCAUCCGAACCAGUCGAUGGGUCAGAGGAAGCGCACGCGAUGGCUGUGCGUACACCGCAAGGACGCGGCCAACUAG